AUGCCGUGCCUCAACUUGUCGACGAACGUGAGCCUUGAUGGCGUUGACACCUCCGCCAUUCUCUCCGAAGCAACCUCCACCGUCGCCAACAUCAUCGGAAAACCUGCUUCCUAUGUGAUGAUUGUUUUGAAGGGCUCAAUCCCUAUGGCAUUUGGUGGGUCUGAGCAACCAGCUGCUUUUGGUGAGUUGGUUUCAAUUGGUGGCCUAAACCCCGACACCAACAAGAAACUCAGCGCUGCAAUUGCUGCUAUUCUCGAGACCAAGUUGUCGGUUCCCAAGGCGAGAUUCUUCCUCAAAUUUGUUGACUCCAAGGGUUCCGACUUCGGAUGGAAUGGUUCUACCUUCUGA